CAGCUGGCAGUUUUAAGUACCAUUGUUCGUAUACGAGUGGGUGUGUGAUUUUUCUAUUUAUAUUAUAGUCCAAAUUAUUGCCAUUAACUUUGGAAGAACGCAAGACUUAGGAUUUUAAAGCAUUGCUGCUCUAUAUAAAAAUUGCAUUAAUUUUACGGUUGAUUAGUAGUGUACAAUAAUUGUGAGAUUACAUUUCAUAUCAUUGAAUACGAAAAAAAAAAAUAAUAAAUUGUUUUUUCUUUUUUAUGCUUAUAUUAAUAAAUAAUAAAAAUUGUGAAAAGUGAAUUAAUACGCGAGUAUUUGUGCAUAUUUUAACGAGAUAAAUAAUAAAAAAAUAUAAUAAAACACAAUAAAUAAUAAUGUGUAAUAUAAUUUUAAUUAAAAAUACUUAUUUGUUGUCACUAAAGUAAAACCAAAAAUAAAAUAAAAAAAAAUAGAAAAUAAAACCACAACAUGAUAAACACAAGCAUUUCAAAUUUACUCAUCAUAUACGUAAUCCUUAUGAUGUGUGGAUGGUUUGUGUUGCCCAUAUGUGCCCUACAGCCCUUCAACAGAGCUAAAUCAUCAUUGUCUGAUAAAAUUCAGAAGGCAACAAUAAAAGAAUUUGUGCUCGAUAAUAGUUCAAAUAUUUUAAGAAAUUCAUUAAACAGGGAUAAAAAUGUCACCUUAACAAGUCAUCCAUUGCCAUAUUACACAGCAGCAAGAGCAUUUGACACACCUUCUUGGCAAUUAACGCAAACUGAAUUGAAGAAACAUGAAAGUGCUGACGAAGACGGCAUUCGUCGUUUUGUUCUUGAGGAGAAUAUUAAAAUUCAUAAUGAUUUUCAUUAUGGAAUUAAUAAAAGCAAUCAAGAAAAUAAUUUCUACAACAUCCCAAAACAACCAACACCGUUAUUGUCUGACAUAAAACUUGUCAAAUCAUCAACCAUGUCUUCGUCCUCGACCUCAUCGUCGUCAUCGAGAGCAACAGCAUCAGCUACAGAAUCAACAAACUCCACAUCAUCAGCAUCGUCUUCGUCAUAUUUUGAACGUGUUGAAUUGCAUGAAUCUCUGACGCGUACAAAAAAUGAAAAAUUACUACUUCAUCGAAAUAAACGCUAUUUAUUAUUUCCCGAAGGCAGUUCAUUCCAGUUAGUUUUUGAUCUCAUCAUACCGAUUGUGGAUUACACUAACUUCGCCAUUAUGGGCAUAACAUGUGCAGUAGCCUGGGAAUUACCAAGCAAACCGCCUAGUGAGAUAAUUGAGAAUUUCCGCACAAAACUUAACGAUGGUACAUUUGGUCUCAGCAGACGCAACGAUUCUACACAGCAACAACUCAAGUACAUUGAUAGCCAGAGAAUGGAACAGGAGGCCGUAGUAGACAAUAAAAGGUGGGAAGAAGGCAUUGCAGUAGGCACUGCAGGCAUAUACAACCAACACUAUCCACAGUAUCAGCAGCAUCACCAACUGUCAGCAACAGUUGCAACCACAUCCGGACAUGAACAAUUUUUAACGAACGCACCAAAGCCACCUCUUCCACUACCACCACCACCAUCAUCAUCUUCAAGUAAUUUAUAUUACAACAACUACCGCCAGCGAGAGAAAUUCCAACAACCACCAACAUCAACAACAUUUUUCUACAGCCAGCAUCCACAGCAGCAACAACAGUGGCACAACUACAAUUUCGAAGCGUUUGAUUCGAAUCAAAGAAAAACUUUUUACGCCAACGACAAUAGAGAACGGCCAAUCUACCGAAAUGAUUUUGCAAGCCAGCCAAACAAAAACAACUACUACCAGGCUCAUCACCCAACCAACCAAUGGAAUGCUGAAAAUUGGCAACCAAAGAAGCAGCAGCAGCAGACGAAAUUUCCAUACCAUGAUGCUGAUGCGGGCGAUUACUGGAAUAAAGACAACUGGUGGGAGCGCAACAAAAACCGCAUCGAAAAACAUUGGCAGGAAAACCAACAGAAAUGGUCGCAGUAUCAAGAAAAUCCUCAUAAUUACCAAACACCCAUGUAUAGCAAACGCACAGGCAGAAAUCGUAAAAUUUUAAAUAAACCACCAAAGCAUCGUAUCUACCCGAUAUUUGGUAAACGUAGACGACGUCGCAGUACUGCUGACCAUCGAGCACAUUUGCAAAAUGAUAAUUUAGCAAAAAUACUGCAAGACAUUCACACCAGAGAACAUUUACAAACACGACAAAAACUCUAUGGAAAAAUUGAAAAACUUUACAAAACACGUGGUCAGAAUGGAACCGCUUGUGUUUUGAGGGCUCUCUGUGAAACGGAAAAAAUGCAUGCAUAUGCUCAUUACAACCAACGACCUCAAAGUUUUGUUAUGGAACUUUUGCGUUCUAUAUUUGCAUUGCCCAAAGAUACACUGACCAAUUCAAAGGAUUCAUCAUUGCAUCUACAUUCCCGUUACACGGAUGCGGUCUUACGUGCCCAUGAUGUCACACAAAGUUGUAGUGAGCAAUAUUACGAUUGUGAAUACAGCAUCACCUAUGACACAUAACUAUGUACAAACAUACUCGCCUUUAUCCUCAGACCGAAAAUUGAAAAAUGCAAUGUUAUUUAAGAAUAUCAGUAUAUGUACAAUAUGUAUAAAUAAAUGUGU